UUCCUCCAUCGUCACUUCUCCAUUGAAAAUCUAUAUUCCUUUUUGUUAUUUCUGUGCUUUUACGAAUUGGGUUUUCUAAAGAAUCAAUGUGGGCAUGUUCCAUUUAGGAAUUUUUACUUGCUUCGAGAAUCGGAGCCCAACCGAGUGCUUCUUGUUUAUGAUCUGGAAUGGCUACAAACACAUUUCAUCACAUCCAGGCAAAUGGAUGGCAUGCUAACUCAAAUCAUCAUACCAAACUGAGAAAAAUUUCAGUGAACAUGUCUUCUGAGGCUAUUGGUGUUCAUAGACAAGUGUAUGGUACCUUGAAAUUUAGUCCUAUUGGAGCUUUAACCACACAAUCUUUGGCAGAUACACUUCAGUUACCAUCAAAGAACUACUCCAGCGAGUCCUUGAUAACAUCAAAUGAAACUGUGCUUACCUUGUUGCGGCAUGGUGAGUCAAUGUGGAAUGAGAAAAAUCUCUUUACAGGAUGUGUCGAUGUACCUUUGACACAAAAGGGAAUAGAGGAGGCAAUCGAAGCAGGAAAAAGAAUAAGUAACAUUCCCGUUGACGUUAUCUACACCUCUUCACUGUUGCGGGCUCAGAUGACUGCUGCAAUCGCAAUGACCCAACAUCGUUGCAAGAAGGUUCCAGCUGUUUUGCACAAUGAGAGUGAGCAGGCUAGAACAUGGAGUGAGAUUCAUAGUGAAGAAGCAAGAGAGCAAUCUAUUUCAGUGAUAACAUCUUGGCAACUUAAUGAAAGGAUGUAUGGGGAUUUACAAGGAUUCAACAAGCAAGAAACAGCUGAAAAGCUAGGGAAGGAGCUAGUUCAUGCAUGGCGUCGCACUUAUCAUAGUCCUCCACCAAAUGGCGAAAGUCUGGAAAUGUGUUCUCAAAGAGCUGUUGCUUAUUUUAGAGAUGAAAUUGAACCUCAACUUCUGAGUGGGAAAAAUCUGCUGGUCACCGCUCAUGCCAAUUCCCUGAGGUCAAUCAUCAUGUAUCUUGAUAGGCUAACUGCUGAAGAGGUGAUCAACCUGGAGAUGUUAACUGGCAUUCCAAUGCUGUACGUAUUCGAAGGUGGAAAGUUCAUCAGGAGAGGGAGUCCAGUAGCACCAACUGAAGCUGGUGUUUAUGCUUAUACCACAAGUCUGGCUUUCUAUCGACAGAAGCUGGAUCAGAUGCCAGCCUGAUAACCUACCCAUCGGAAGGUAGCUUCAGUUUCAGACUCUUUAUUGUCAUAACCUCCAUCAUUUUCACACGGGAGCCUUGUACAUGCGAGAUAUGUUGUAAAAAGCUUGUUCUUUGUAUAGAAUGGAUCGAGGUGACUGAGAUUAGUUGCAUUUUUUUU